CGAUGCCCUCCUAGCAGCCUCCACGGGAUGGAGGGCUUCAUGGACUCAGGGACACAGACGGAUGCCGUGGUGGUGCUGUCCUUGGCCCAGGCCGCCGUGCUGGGCCUGGUCUCCGAAAAUGAGCUCUUUGGAGCCACCAUAAGCGCCGAGGCCUUCUACCCGGACCUGGGGCCUGAGCUGUCAGGGACGGCCAUGGGGGAGCCUGGGCCACCCGGCCCCGACGUCUACCAGCUGGCCUGCAACGGGCGGGCCCUGGAGGAGCCGGUGGAGGAGGAGGUGCUGGAGGUGGAGGCCGCCUUCGAGAAGCACACGCGGCGGAAGACGCGGCCCCCGGUGCGGCUGGUGCCCAAGGUCAAGUUCGAGAAGGUGGAGGAGGAAGAGGAGCAGGAGGUCUAUGAGGUUUCCGUGUCUGGCGACAGCAAGGACGCAGGCCCCGCAGAAGCCCCGGCCGAGGUGUCCAGCGGCGCCUGCGAGGCGCUGGUGCAGAGCAGCGCCGUCAAGAUGAUCGACCUCAGCGCCUUCAGCCGCAAGCCCCGGACGCUCCGGCACCUGCCCCGGACGCCGAGGCCGGAGCUGGACGUGGCCCCCUACGACCCUCACUUCCCAGACCCGGCCCGGGACGGCUUCCCCGAGCCCAGCAUGGCGCUGCCCGGGCCAGAGGCCUUGCCCGCUGAGUGUGGUUUCGAGCCGCCCCACCUGGCCCCGCUGAGUGACCCCGAGGCGCCCAGCAUGGAGUCCCCGGAGGCCGUGAAGCCAGAGCAGGGCUUCGUGUGGCAGGAGGCUGGCGAGUUCGAGGCGGACGCGGCGGGCUCCACAGCGGAGCGCCACAAGAAGGCCCAGCUGGACCGGCUGGACAUCAACGUGCAGAUCGACGACUCCUACCUGGUGGAGGCGGGCGACCGCCAGAAGCGCUGGCAGUGCCGCAUGUGCGAGAAGUCGUACACGUCCAAGUACAACCUGGUGACGCACAUCCUGGGCCACAACGGCAUCAAGCCGCACUCGUGCCCGCACUGCAGCAAGCUCUUCAAGCAGCCCAGCCACCUGCAGACGCACCUGCUGACGCACCAGGGCACCCGGCCCCACAAGUGCCAGGUAUGCCACAAGGCCUUCACGCAGACCAGCCACCUCAAGCGCCACAUGCUGCUGCACUCGGAGGUCAAGCCCUACAGCUGCCACUUCUGCGGCCGUGGCUUCGCCUACCCCAGCGAGCUCAAGGCCCACGAAGUGAAGCACGAGAGUGGCCGCUGCCACGUCUGUGUGGAGUGCGGCCUGGACUUCUCCACCCUGACCCAGCUCAAGCGCCACCUCGCCUCCCACCAGGGCCCCACCCUCUACCAGUGCCUCGAGUGCGACAAGUCCUUCCACUACCGCAGCCAGCUGCAGAACCACAUGCUCAAGCACCAGAACGUGCGGCCCUUCGUGUGCACCGAAUGCGGCAUGGAGUUCAGCCAGAUCCACCACCUCAAGCAGCACUCGCUCACCCACAAGGGCGUGAAGGAGUUCAAGUGCGAGGUGUGUGGCCGGGAGUUCACCCUGCAGGCGAACAUGAAGCGGCACAUGCUGAUCCACACCAGCGUCCGGCCCUACCAGUGCCACAUCUGCUUCAAGACCUUCGUGCAGAAGCAGACCCUCAAGACACACAUGAUUGUACACUCGCCCGUGAAGCCAUUCAAAUGCAAGGUGUGCGGGAAGUCCUUCAACCGCAUGUACAACCUGCUGGGCCACAUGCACCUGCACGCAGGCAGCAAGCCCUUCAAGUGCCCCUACUGCUCCAGCAAGUUCAACCUCAAGGGCAACCUGAGCCGGCACAUGAAGGUCAAGCAUGGCGUCAUGGACAUCGGCCUGGACAGCCAAGACCCCAUGAUGGAGCUGGCGGGCGCUGACCCGUCCGAGCUCGACAGCCAGCAGGAGAUGGAGGACUUCGAGGACAACGCCUACGCCUACGCCGGCGUGGACAGCGGGCCGGAGGCCAGCGUCCUCACCGAGCAGGCCAUGAAGGAGAUGGCCUACUACAACGUGCUAUAGCACAGCGGCCGCCCGGCGAGGCGCGAGGGGAGCUGGGGCUGGGGCGGGCCGGCUGCGGGCUGCUCCUCCUGCCGCUGAGAAACACGCCGCCGCCGCCCCACCGCCCCGGGCCCGCCUGCCCGAGUCAUUUGCACCACUAGGGACCUUUAGACCAAAUGGAGACUGUACUACUGGCCGCGGCUGCGCGCCGGGCACAGGCCCGGGCAUCCUGGCAAGGGACGGUAACGCAGGAGGCCCGGUCUGGUCUCCUUGGCUUGCUGCCAGGGGAGGGUGGGAGAAACGGGCCGCUGGGGACAGGCCACUAAGGCACAGGCUCUCCGGAGCGCUCCAGGAUGAGAUCACGUGAGCCUAGCCUCGCCUCUCCUCGCCUCUCUCCUUAACCAGCCCUGCCUCUCCCUGCGGCCAGCACUACCCCCAUGCCGCCCCUCCCCGUCCUGUCCUCCGCAGCCAGGCAGGGCCCCCGCCCCGCCUUCUACCUCCCGGUGCCCCCGCACUCCCCGGCCAGGCCUGCAUGCGGCCCCCAGCCCACCCCCAGAAGGCCCCUGUCCCGCAGCCCUGUCUGGAAGUGGGUGUCCCUGAAGUUGAUCUCAAUGAACGAACACCAUCCAGUUCUGUCCUGAGCUGGGGCAGCCCCCAGGGUCCCACGUGAGCACGGCCGGCCGGGGCGUGGCUGGCACCGGGCGCACGCUAACGCAAGCAGGAGGGGCCCUGGAGCCAGGGCAGGGCAGGGUGAGGGCAUCGGCAGGGACCAAGGGGAGGCCAGGGACCACCUGUGGGGGGAAGGGGACGGAAAUAGUUUCUCAUGGGUAAGUAUCUUGAGGACGGGGCAGCCAAGAGCUAGCUGGCUCCCGGGAAAGAGCAACAUAUUUAAAAAGGAAAAUGAAGACCAUAGAGGGGGGAAACAUUUUUUUUCGAGCAAAUGGGGGUAUUUUGAAGGUAAUUUAUUUUUUUUCUUUCCACUUCUGUGUCACCUAUUAUCUUUUCUGAUGGAGACGCAUUUCCUUUUUCCAAACGCAAGCUUGCUCGUGUGCUGUGUGUGCUUCGUGCUCCCCUGCCGAGCAGCCCGGCUGGGCGGGGGCUCCAUGGGGACCGCGGCUCCGGCCCUCCUGCCUCGGAAGGCCGGGCAGCCCUGCACCCUGCCUGGGCCCCUCCGGUGGCCGACUGGCCGUGCACCGUCCUGGCGGCCAGGCCGCUGACUGCUCAGCCACCAGCUCGCUCCCUGGCACCUGCUGUCUUCCCUGUCCCCACGCCAGCUCCUGCCCCUGGAGCCCAGGACCGGGACUGCAGGUCCAGGGCAGCAGCAGCAGCACAUUCAGGAAUCCAGGGCCCUGGCUCCAGCCCGCUCGCCUCCUGAGGCCCUGGUGGGGAGGGGCAGGCGGGGCUGUCCCCUAAGGCCCAGAGGAAGCUACCAGCUUCAGCCCAAACACCAGGAGGGGGACACAGCUGGGGUGGGGGGAACCAGUUUGAAAUACAGCUACCCCCAAGGCCGUAUCCUUAAGUGAAGGACCAAGCCAGGCCUCAGGGUGACUGUGAUCAGGACGGAAGGGUGUGGACAAGGUGGCCCACAUGUGGCUCCCCAGACCCCGGGGCCUCUCAGCCUCCCAGGUGCCGGCCAUGACGACCCUCAGGUGGCAGUGACCCCGUCACUGUACGAGACAUUUUCUCCUGCUGAGCAGAAGGCAUCAUCCCCUGCAAACUACCUCUUCCCACAACCUCUUUCUUCCCUGGUACCAAAAAGAACCCUGUACCUCCUCCUCCUCCUCCUCUCCCCUGCCAGCGCAGUGGCCUCGGUCUUGGAAGCCGAAGGGAGAAGGCCUGGCCCCGUGGGGGGCUCUCCUUCCCUCCCCAGCCCCGCCGUCAGCACCGGCCCUCUGCGAGGUUUGAUACUUGAACGCCCCUGCCCUGUGCCUUGGACCUGGGCAGAGCUCAGAGGAGGAAGCAGCACAACUCACGGCUUGAGCGGGGUGGUCUUAGCAAGGCCCCUGUCCCCACCCUCCCUACCUUCUCCAAAGAGGCCUGCAGCCUCUCGGGUGACUUGGAAACUCCUGGACGAUUCCAUCCUAACUUAUUUUGACGUGUAUACAAACCAACUGUUUAGAGAUUCCACUUGUGCAAAGCCCUACUGUGUUUUUAUGUUCCUGUUUAAAAGAGAAGUUUACUUAGCAAUAAUUAUAAAUAAAUGAAUAUUCUUUAGCGAGGUGA